ACAUCCAACCGGCAGCGUGAGCUAAAACAACUUGUAUCGAGUUAAACAAUCAAGUGGAAAAAAAAAUAUAUACCGAUGAAACUGUUCAAGUAAAGUGGUUCUCGAGGAAUACAGAACUGAGCAACUCCCGCUGGAUUAUUCAUUUUUUUGGUGAAAGAAAGGAAGAAGAGGAUGUCUUGUGCCACCUGAAAUCUGUUUUCUUCUACAAGUCGAUGUGCGAGCACACUUUCCCACUUUCCAUCACGGCGCCUUCGCUGAGAAUGGACUUUGAUUGAUCUCACGGACUUUAGGCGAACCGCAUGGGUCCGUUUAAAAGAAACGAUUCCUGAAGAAGAAACACGCAACAUUUAUUACACUUUAACGUACUUUUGGGGGGAUUUAAUUGCUCUGCCAGAGACAGUGAAAUCUUUUUCUCCAUUGGCUAACCAGAAGCGACUUCACCUGUCAUGUGGAAUAUAAAAGGCGAGGGAAGGGAAAUUGUUUGAAAAAAGUUGGAGUUGUUGCGCUCGUUGGACCAGGACUGAGCCACAGAGAAGGAAAUGAAGCUUCAUCUUGUGUAUUUUAAAGAAUGGUGAAUGACUUAUACUUCAAACCCGAAAGAAUCAGCAUGGCCAGCCCGGUGAAUCCCCCGCUCAGCGGCGUCGUCCGUUGGCUGAUGGUGCUGCUCCUCUCGCGCCUCCCGCGGCUCGCGCUGGCCGCCUCCAAGGAUAUCGUGUGCGAGCCCAUCACCGUGCCCAUGUGCAAGGGCAUCGGCUACAACCUCACCUACAUGCCCAACCAGUUCAACCACGACACGCAGGAGGAGGUGGGGCUGGAGGUGCACCAGUUCUGGCCGCUGGUCCGCAUCCGCUGCUCGCCGGACCUGCUGUUUUUCCUCUGCAGCAUGUACACCCCCAUCUGCCUGCCCGACUACAAGAAGCCGCUGCCGCCCUGCCGCUCGGUGUGCGAGCGGGCCAAGAGGGGCUGCUCCCCGCUCAUGAGCCAGUAUGGGUUCGAGUGGCCGGAGCGCAUGAGCUGCGAGCGCCUGCCCAUGCUGGGCAACACCGAGAACCUGUGCAUGGACCAGAACACCAGCGAGACCACCACCCUCUCCCCGCUCUUCCAGAAGCCCACCCCCAAGGGUCCGCCCCGCCACCGGCCGCCCGCCCCGCCGGGCUGCGACCGUGAGUGCCGCUGCCGCGACCCCCUGGUGCCGGUCCAGGAGCCGUCGCACCCGCUGUACAACCGUGUGCGCACGGGCCCCUUGCCCAACUGCGCCCUGCCCUGCCACCAGCCUUACUUCUCCCCGGACGAGCGCGCCUUCACCACCUUCUGGGUGGGCCUGUGGUCGGUGCUCUGCUUCGUCUCCACCCUCACCACCGUGGCCACCUUCCUCAUCGACAUGGAGCGCUUCCGAUACCCGGAGCGGCCCAUCAUCUUCCUGGCCGCCUGCUACCUCUUCGUCUCGCUGGGCUACAUCGUGCGGCUGGCGGCGGGCCACGAGCGGGUGGCGUGCGGUGCCGACCGCCGGCACGUGCUGUACGACACCACCGGCCCCGCCCUCUGCACGCUGGUCUUCCUGCUGGUCUACUUCUUCGGCAUGGCCAGCUCCAUCUGGUGGGUGGUGCUCUCCUUCACCUGGUUCCUGGCGGCCGGCAUGAAGUGGGGCAACGAGGCCAUCGCCGGCUACUCGCAGUACUUCCACCUGGCCGCCUGGCUGGUGCCCAGCGUCAAGUCGGUGGCGGUGCUCGCCCUCAGCGCCGUGGACGGCGACCCCGUGGCGGGCAUCUGCUACGUGGGCAACCAGAGCCUGGAGAACCUGCGGGGCUUUGUGCUGGCGCCGCUGGUGGUCUACCUCUUUACCGGCUCCCUCUUCCUGCUGGCGGGCUUCGUCUCCCUCUUCCGCAUCCGCAGCGUCAUCAAGCAGGGCGGCACCAAGACGGACAAGCUCGAGAAGCUGAUGAUCCGCAUCGGGCUCUUCACCGUGCUGUACACGGUGCCCGCCACCGUGGUGGUGGCCUGCCUGGUGUACGAGCAGCACUACCGGCCCGGCUGGGAACGGGCGCUGGGCUGCUCCUGCCCCACCGAGCGCCAGCGCCUGGGGCCCGAUUACGCCGUCUUCAUGCUGAAGUACUUCAUGUGCCUGGUGGUGGGCAUCACCUCUGGUGUCUGGAUCUGGUCGGGCAAGACACUGGAGUCCUGGCGCAAGUUCGCCAGCCGCUGCUGCCCACCGUGUCGAGGCCGCAAGCCAGCGGGCGCCUCCGUCUACGGCGAGGCCGGCGCCGCUCUCACUGCCCGCGCCGGGACGGUGGGGUCCGGGUCUUACCACAAACCCGCACCCCCAUCGCACGUGUGAGCCCCCCUCCGUCACACGUACUCCGGGGCGGGUGGGAAGGCAGACCAUGUGACUGUGACUUCACCAGCGUCUCUCUGACUGGAGGGAGGGGCGGACAUGGGCGUGGAGGUCACGUGACUAAUUUAUUACCCAGGCUGUAAAUAUCACUUUCUUCGCCCGACCUUGUCCCCCACGCCCACAUACAGAUCCACAGAGACAAAUAUUUGGGCGAUCGAAUAUUGAGACAAAUUCAC